GUGACCGGUGACCGGCUGCUCCAGCCAAUCAUGUGGUUCACAUCGUAUUUAUGCAGCUAAUCGUCGUUUACAGGCGUCCUGAUGUGCAGCCUCCUUAGCCGGCUGCUGCAGCGCUACCGUAUCCAGUCUUCUCUAUGUAUCUGUUCUUCUCUGUGUGUCCGGUUCUAUGGUUCUGUCGAUGGUUUCCUGGUUACAGACGCUGCUGCUCACUGCUCUGUGUGUUUAAAAAUGUCUACACCCGUAACUCCACCACGUUUAAAGAAGCAAAAACGUUUGAGAGGGAAGACUGGAACCCUGGCAAUGGGUACAAAAAACUGUGUUUUCUGUUGCUCAUGGACUGAAGUAAGGCAGCAUCAGGAGAACAACAUGUAAGAAACAUGAGAACAGAGAGAACCAACCAGCAGCUCACAGUUUAUCAUCAUCUGAUCAUCUCCUGAAGUCCACAUGGAAGACAACAUGUCCAAGUACAUCACCGACCUCCAAGUGUCUCUGAAUGAGACUGAUGAGAGUCAGCUCCGUGCUCAAGGCUUCAGCAAAAUGAAUGUAGAUCUGAACAAAGGAGCUGGAGGCAAAAACAUCUACAUCUGGUACAAGAGAGGCGACUCUGGAGCCAUCACCAGGAUCCAGUUGUCCUUCAAUGAUGACAUGAGUAAGGGCCUGAACAAGGCAGGGUACCAGAAGAUCCCCAAAAACCUCAACACCGGAGCAGGAGGUAAAGACCUCUAUCUGUGGUUCUUCAAGGGUUCCUCAGAGGACCAUGUUCCCAUCGUGAACCUGGACGUCUCCACAGUCCAUGAAGCCCAGAAGUUUAAAUCUGACCAUGAGAUACUGGCCUGUGAUCUGAACCAGGAUGCUGGAGGAUCUCAGAUCUUCCUGUCAGUGAAGAGAGAGAAGGCAACCUACAUCUCUGACAUCGCCGCCACCAUCAACUGGCAAGGAACGUUCUACUACUGGUACAACGGUUACACCCUAGCAUGGCUAGACACCAAUUUAUUAGCAGGAGGGGACUACAUCGCCCUCUGGUACCGUCAGACCACGAAGCCUGAGGAGGCCAUCAAAGACCUGCAGGUCUCCAUCAAUGACGACGAGUAUUACGACUUUAUGUUCCAAGAUUACAAGCUGGUGAACAUCGAUCUGAACCAGGGGACCGGAGGAAACUCGGUGUUCCUGUGGUCCAAGAAAGACGACUGCACCUGCUACCCCAUCAAGGACGUCAGUGUCAGUGUCAUCCCCAUCGUUGAAGCUUGGGAGGGUUGGAAGGUCAUCCAAAAAAGUCUCAAUGAAGGAAACACUUCUCCAGUGAAGCUGUUCCUGUGUUUCCGUGACUGAAGUCACCAUGACAACAGAGCUGAGCAUGCUCACUGAGCACAAACCAGAGAAUCCAAAAUAUCUCUGUUGAAUCUCUAAGUUUUUCUCCUGUGAUGAAACCAUGAAAUGUGUUCAAUCACUGUGAUCUCACAAGUUUUAUCCCUCAAACAUGUAGAAUCAGUCAACCUGUGUGUUCUUCAUUGAUUCUGUUUCUCUUCAUUCUGACUUUCUCUGAUUCAAUAAAGUCUCAUCUGCAUCUCAAA